GCUCCGCCUUCCAGGAGGCACAGGACGUGGGUGGUGGCCCCAAGGGAGGAAGGCAACGAGGGGAGAAGGCCGUUGCCCCAUGGGCGCGUGAAGUUGGGGGCGGCUGCACGUGUGAUGGGUGUUGAUGGCCACCGGGACCGACGUGAGAGUCAGAGGAACAAUGUGUCGGGAAGCCUACAGGCAAAGUAUUGGGCUUGGCAGCGAAAGAACAACCCGAGAACGUGGCCUGCUACGACAGGGAGGUUGGAGGCAGCCCCCUCCCAGCAAGGAAGUUCUCUCUCUACUAGUAACAGUUCUUUGGCUUCCCUUGCAGAACCCUCUUCCAUUAUGUCACAGAAUGGAUACUUGGAGGAUGCAGGCUACCUCGUGUGUGACACAGAUGAUGCCUCUGAAAUCCAAGAGGAGAGCCCGGGGGAAGAGGCCUUCGACACAGUCCACUCCUCCACCUUUGAUUCUGGCGAGAGCAUCCGUUUUUUUGUAAACAUCAACCUUGAGGUGCCGCCCACCCAGGCUGCUGAGAAUGAAUCGACUGGUGGCUGUGGGCUCCUCCACACCUCCCGAAAGUACCUGAAGUUAAAGAACUUUGAGGAGGAGAUCCGUGCGCAACGGGACCUAGAUGGCUUCCUGGCACGGGCCAGCAUCAUCCUGAAUGAGACGGCCACCUUGCUGGAUGACGUGCUGCGGGCCAUGGUGCUCCGCAUAGCCCAUGAUCCCCACAACUUUGAACCUGACUGCAACUUGGACCAGCUUAUGUCCAUGCUCUUCACUGAUGCUGGGGCCCCCAUGGAGGGCAAAGUUCACCUGCUGUCAGACACCAUCCGCGGAGUCACUGCCACAGCCACAGGGGUGCAGUACCAGCAGUCAUGGCUCUGCAUCAUCUCUACCUCCAAGUCCCUACAGAGGCGGCACGUAUGCAUCAGCCGCCUGGUUCGCCCGCAGAACUGGGGGGAGAACUCCUGUGAGGUGCGGUUCGUCAUCCUGGUGCUGACCCCACCCAAGAUGAAAAGCACCAAGACUGCGAUGGAGGUGGGGCGCACCUUUGCCACCAUGUUCUUGGACAUCAGCUUCCGCCAGAAGCUCCUGAAGACCCGCACAGAGGAAGAGUUCAAGGAGGCCCUGGUGCAUCAGAGACAACUGCUCACCAUGGUGAACCAGGUCCCAAACGUCGUCAUAAAGGGCUACAGUACAAGCUCCAUCAGCUUUCAAAGACCCCAGAAGUCCCUGCAGCACAAAGAUUUUCUCCCUGUGGGAAAGGGCAUCCGGGAGGACUUGGCCCGCAGGUUCCCUGUGUACCCACUGGACUUCACUGAUGGCAUUAUCGGGAAAAACAGGGCUGUGGGCAAGUACAUCACCACCACCCUGUUCCUGUACUUUGCCUGUGUCCUGCCCACGAUCGCUUUUGGGUCCCUCAACGAUGAGAACACUAAUGGGGCCAUCGAUGUGCAAAAGACUGUGGCUGGGCAGAGCAUCGGAGGCCUCUUGUAUGCGCUCUUCUCCGGGCAGCCGCUGGUGGUGCUGCUGACAACCGCGCCCCUGGCCCUCUACAUUCAUGUGAUCCGUGGCAUCUGUGACGACUACAAUCUGGACUUCAACACCUUCUAUGCAUGGACGGGCCUGUGGAACAGCUUCUUCCUUGUACUUUAUGCCCUAUUCAACCUCAGCCUGAUCAUGAGUCUUUUCAAGAGGUCAACAGAAGAGAUCAUUGCCUUGUUCAUUUCCAUCACAUUCAUGCUGGAUGCUAUCAAGGGCAUGGUCAAAAUCUUCCAGAAGUACUAUCAUGGCAACAACGUUGGGAACCAGCAAAGAGAUUAUUUCCUGAAGAGCCUGCUGGGCCUAGGCACCAGCCUCAACACCAGCUUCCACACCACCCUCAACAGCAGCCUCCUGGCCAGCUCAUCGGAGCUGACCUCAGCAAGCAGCCAUUCCACUGAGUCCCCACACCGGGACACUGCCGUGCUCAGCCUCCUCAUCAUGCUGGGCACGCUGUGGCUGGGCUACACCCUCUACCAAUUCAAGAAGAGCCCCUACCUGCACCCCUACAUGCGGGAGAUCCUGUCAGACUGUGCCUUGCCCAUCUCCGUGCUCACCUUCUCCCUCAUUUGCUCCUAUGGCUUCCGGGAAAUUAAGAUGAGCAAGUUCCGCUACAACCCCAAGGAGAGCCUGUUUAAGAUAGCUGAGAUGCACUCGCUGACCCUGGGGGCCAUCGGCAGUGCCAUGGGCCUCGGCUUCCUGCUCUCCCUGCUCUUCUUCAUCGAGCAGAACCUGGUGGCUGCCUUGACGAACGCACCAGAGAACAGACUGGCAAAGGGCACGGCCUACCACUGGGACCUCUUGCUCAUCGCCAUCAUCAACGUGGGGCUGUCUAUGUUUGGGAUGCCUUGGAUCCAUGCUGCCUACCCCCACUCCCCAAUGCAUGUGCGGGCACUGGCUCUGGUGGAAGAGCGCGUGGAGAAUGGGCACAUUUAUGAGACGAUCAUGAAUGUGAGGGAGACGCGUCUGACCACCCUGGGCGCCAGCAUCCUGGUGGGCUUCUCCCUCCUGAUGCUGCCCUUCCCACUGCAGUGGAUCCCCAAGCCUGUGCUCUACGGCCUCUUCCUCUACAUUGCCCUCACCUCCAUCGACGCCAACCAGCUCUUUGAGCGUUUGGCCCUGCUGCUCAAGGACCAGGCCUCGUACCCACCUACCCAUUAUAUCCGGAGGGUGCCUCAGAGGACGAUACACUACUUCACGGGCCUGCAGGUCCUGCAGCUGCUGCUGCUCUGUGUCUUUGGCAUGAGCCCCCUGCCCUACAUGAAGAUGAUCUUCCCCCUCAUCAUGAUUGCCAUGAUCCCCAUCCGCUACAAGCUGCUGCCCCGAAUCAUUGAAGCCAAAUACUUGGAUGCCAUGGAUGCUGAGCACUGAGCCUCUGACUGGCAGGCCCUGGCCACACCCCAUU